AUGGUUUCAUCACUUAUUCCACUUUGUCCAAAGGAACUUGAAGACAAAUCUGUAUUAAGCAAUAGUCUAACUCAUUGUCAACCAGAGCAAGAAAAUAAUAACCUUGAAGAUGCGAAGGGUGCAACCAAUUUCGAUGUCAAGAACAAGCUUUCAAGCAGUGUUUUAAUCACAAAAAAUGGCAGGAAAAUUCCAAUCAUCAAGAAGUAUAAAAUCCCUACAAAGAAACGUUCACCUGUGGAUUAUGUGAGGUUAACACAUACGAGAUUGACACCGAUGGAAAAGUUUCAGAAACAACUUCUUGACGAGUGGAAUGAACAAGUGAAGCUAAGUGAGUCAUCAUCAGAAGAAGAUAUUUUAUUGUUUGAUAAUAAGAACAAUUUCAUAGCAGAUAAUGAAAUAGGUCUUGGAUGCAUUCUUCUUAAACCAGAUUGUGGCUCUAUGUAG